UGCCAUUUCACACCGCAGGGAAGAGACGCCCAGAGGUUCUUGCUUCAACAGUGAUUGAACGGAACUUCUUCUGCCUUUACCCCCGCCUUUACUUCAAUUAUUUUGCACUACAGACUUGACAAACUCAGCCUUUUUUUCUUUACUUGAACACUGCUGACUAGAACCGACCAGAAACUCUAUUUUUGUACCGUUUUUUGAUAAGAAAACUCAACAAACGCCAGUCAAAAUGGAGUCCCAGAUCCGUCAGAACUACCACCGCGAGUGCGAGGCUGCCAUCAACCGGAUGGUCAACCUGGAGCUGUUUGCCUCCUACACCUACACUUCAAUGGCCUUCUACUUCUCCCGGGACGAUGUGGCUCUCCCAGGUUUUGCCCAUUUCUUCAAGGAGAACAGCCACGAGGAGAGGGAGCAUGCCGAGAAGCUGCUGGCCUUCCAGAACAACAGGGGAGGACGCAUCUUCCUGCAGGACAUCAAGAAACCAGAUAGGGAUGAGUGGGGAAGCGGCCUUGAGGCCAUGCAGUGCGCCCUGCAGCUGGAGAAGAACGUCAACCAGGCUCUGCUGGACCUGCACAAGUUGGCCUCCACCCACGUCGACCCUCAUCUGUGUGACUUCCUGGAGACUCACUACCUGAACGAGCAGGUGGAGGCCAUCAAGAAGCUUGGCGAUUAUGUCACCAACCUGACCCGCAUGGAUGCCCAAACCAACAAGAUGGCUGAGUACCUGUUUGACAAGCACAGCCUGGGGGGAAAGAGCUAAACUUGGCCCGGCAGCAAGCAUCUGCCUGCGGAGGAAAGAUCGACUGGAUGCCCAGGCUUUACCUCCGCCCCCAGCUCUGACUUCAGCCACUCAUUCACUGAGCAUCAUUGCUUUUUAGGUGAUUUGCUUAACUGAUAAAGUUGGCAUGGUAGUUGUCAUGUGGAAUUGCUGUGAAUGUCCAGGCACUGUCUCUGUUCUUUUAAAUGUCGUCAUAUGGAGUGGAGGAUGUUUUUAUCAGUUUAUGGCGCUUUGCUCUUAAUCACCUAAGCCUCUUCUUGUCUCUAUGUUUUAACAAAGAGGUUGUGACUAAAUGUUUCUGCUCGGUACUUAAUCUGAAUAAACAUUUUGAGCUGGAA